GCAGCAGCAACUGAACCAACCAACCAACCGCCGCCCUCUUCCACCCCACGACUCUUCUUCUUCCCCUUCUUUACUCACCCCGCCGUCGACUCUUCGUCGCCGUCGCCUCAUAUAUUAGCCGCUGCGUGCCGUCUGCCUUCACAUUCACACACACUCGCCCGCGGACAAGCCAACUCUUGCGCUCCCACCUCCACAGCAGCUCAGCAGCAGCAGCGCAAAGAGCCAGCGUCCAUCCAUGGCGCCCCUGCUCCUGCUCUUCCUCCUCGGCGGCCUCUGCGCCCUCUUCUCCCUCGCCUCCUCCUCCUCGCGCGGCGCCAAGAAGUGCUGCGACGCCGGCGGCGAGAAGGCCAAGAGUCACCACGGGGAGCAAGAAGCCAAGGCCAGCAAGGCGGUGGAGGAGAGGGAGGCGCGGCCGGCGCCGGCGGACCGGGAGGCGGACCUGGGGAUCGUGUUCUCCACGUUCGACCACGACGGCGACGGCUUCAUCACGGCGGGCGAGCUGGAGGAGUCGCUGAAGCGGUUGGGCAUCGCCGUGUCCGCCGCCGAGGCCGCCGCCAUGGUGGCCCGCGUCGACGCCAACAGCGACGGCCUCAUCGACAUCCACGAGUUCCGCGAGCUCUACGACUCCAUCCCCAAGAAGCGCAAGGCCUCGCUGCUCCCCGCCUCCGCCGGCGCGGCCGACGGGGCCGAGGAGGAGGAGGACGAGGAGGGGGAGGAGAUGGACCUCAAGGAGGCGUUCGACGUGUUCGACGGCAACAAGGACGGGCUCAUCUCCGCCGAGGAGCUGGGCACCGUGCUGGGCUCCCUCGGCCUGCGCGGCCGCCCCGCCGCCGCCGAGUGCCGCGACAUGAUCCGCCUCGUCGACGCCGACGGCGACGGCAUGGUCAACUUCGAGGAGUUCAAGCGCAUGAUGGCCGUCGUCAAGGCCUAGCCCCACCUCCACCUCCACUCCAUCCUCCUCUUCUCCCCUCCCUUCCCAGAGAUCAGAAUUUUUGUUCUUGGAUUCUGCGAGUCCGAGGGACGUUGUUGGUGAUCUGCUCUGCUCUUGGACUGGAUCCGAAGAUCAGACGGCGAAGAACCCACUAAUCAACCGGUUUAUUACGGGAGAGGGGGCUGGCCGGAAGCUAAAUCAGCUUCCCGCUCCGUCCGUGUGUUCUCCCCUCCCCUGUUCUUGCUGAUCAACUUGGUUUCUCUUCUCCUCUGCUAUGUUACUGACAAAGUACUCUAUCAAGUAUGCAUGUAAAUAUUAUUUCUUGGUCGGCUGGUGAAAAUGAAGAACUCACUCCAUGCUUAA